UGUUUGUUUUUUGGCGUCAGUUUUGCAGUUUUGCCUCCUCCAGUUCGACGAAAAUCGAAAGUGCAGUUCUCGCGAUAAAACCCAGGCCUACAAAAAAUGGAGUCAGCGGAAAGUUCAUCGGAGCAAGACAUUAUGCUGGAGAGACUUGCCAGGUGGAAAGCACAGAAGGCCCUUAAGAAACAAUACACCAGUUCCAUUGGGAAGGCUCACCAUAAUGAUACCAAGCUGGUGGGCAGACAGCCUCUCAAAGAAGCCAGGCUAGGUAACCGUACACAUAACACCAAAACACAGCACACAUCUACAAGCAAAAGGCAAGCCGCUGAGUGUAAGUCCAACCUUGAAGGCCUAAAGACUAGCAAGGACAAAAGAAGCAACUCCAGUACCUUGGUAGAGAAAGCACCAGAGCAGGAAAUGACAAUGAGGGAAAAACUGGAAUUAUGGAGGGCGCAAAAACAGCCGAAAAAUAACACCCAAUGUCGGACUUUGCAUUUAUUGCAAAAGAAAGAAAGCACCACUGGGAAUAGGGCCAAAAUCACACCUUCAUCAAAAGCCACACUGCCACCUCAGACCUCCAGCCUCAAAGGCUGUGACAGCGGAAAACAGAGAAAGUUGUCAAUUUUGACUCCCAAAAAGGACCUCUUCAGAACUCCAACAUCUGUCAAGAGCACAGCCCAUCACUCUGCCAACUUGAGCAUGCGACAGUCAACUGCCCGGACUGCCCAACGUCCAGGAGAAAGUCAAUCCCGCACCACAGAGCCACACCACACUACAAACAACAAUGCAAUGAAGAGCCGUCUUGCAAUCAAACGGAGCAGCCCCACUCAGGAGGAACCUUCCAGAAAGCGGAAGGUCGUGACCUUCCUGGGCACAGACUCCCUCGUGAGAUGUAGUCCACGUUUGCAAGAACGGAGCCGGGAGUCCACAGAAAUUAACAGGCAUGGUCAGGAACAAGCCACACCCGUACAGCCAUGGAAAGACAAGAAAUUGGACAUGCAACAGCGAUUGAAGCGGUGGCUGGCUAGCAAGGGCAAGACACCCUCCAAAUACAGCCACCUGCUCAGCUUCAAGACGACCCCCGCUGAUCGCAUCAGGCGGAGCCUGGCCUCCCAGCGUGCCACGCCCACCAAAGCCCCGAUGCCGGUGUGGCACCUGGACUCAGACCCACCCACUUCCCUGGACAGCAGCACUAGUCAGGAGGAGGACGAGCUGAUGGCUGCCCUGAACAGUACAAUGGAUGAGUGCUCACUACUGCUGCAGUCGGGCUGUCCAACGGACCAUGUGACUGAAUGGCUAGACAGCCUAGUAAGCAGAGUCCCAGCCAUGCGUCAGUGCAGCAAGUACUGGCUCUGCAGAGUCUCCAUUGCAAAGGAGGAAGAGCUUGAUGCAAAUGAGAUCAUCCAUAUUUAUGAGGAGGCAGUACAAGAAGGUGCACAGCCAGUCCAAGCUGUCAAGGAGUCACUCCAGCAGUAUGUGGAGAAGCUGAUAAACACAUCAACACCCACUAAGUCCACAUCGAGAAUCUAUCCAGCAUGUGCAUCGGCCAAAGCUGACCCUGGGCCCCCGACACCCAAGGGUAGCAAGUACUCCCCUGCCAUGGAGCAACUGCUGCAGUCCUCCGUGCUGAGAUAUUGCCUGACAGAAUCCACACCAUACUUUGACAGAAUUCGAGCAGCCAUUGGCCAGCAAGCCCCCUCCACAACCCCCAACCUGACGCUGGUGACACCUGUCCGCCGCUCCAUUCGUCUGGAGGGCCGGCGCUCAGUCCUUCCUCUCAACCUGCAGGAGCACAACAUGUGCCUGGCAUCCCUGGAUGACCUGGCCCCGCAGGAGUUCAUCCUUAGAGCCAACCGGGCUCUGGAGGGAGACUUACCAGAGGAUGGGCCAAACUCAGAGUAGGGAAACCCAAUUAGUUUCCUGUGAAAUUUGGCAAC